UUUCAAAACAUUGUAAAGGAAUGUAGAGAAGUGAAGGCAUGAUUGAUUGAGCUUUUUGUAUAGAUUAUAACACAAUAAAUGAACGCACCAUACUUUUGGCGGGAACCGGUAGAUUUUGACAGUUCAAUCAGGUGGCCGUUUUUUGUGUUUUCUUUGUUACUUUCGGGCUUUCAGCUAAAAUUUAAUUAUGAAACCCACUUAGAUUUGAAGCAAUUUUGUUUAAGUGGCUGCAAAAUGUUUAUAGAAGACAUCCGCAAUGAUUUCUACAACGUACUCCUCGGAAACCGCGUCUUAUUACUGGUGCACUACGACGUAGAUGCAAUAUGCACUUGUAAAAUUCUGCAAGAACUGUUCAAAUGCGACAACAUCCCUUACACAUUGAUUCCUAUCGGUACCAUCCCUGAAUUGAAGAGUGCCUAUGAGGAGAACAGUGAGGAGGUGAAGUACGUGGUGCUGGUGAACUGCGGCGGCGCGCUGGACGUGGUGGACCUGCUGCAGCCCGAGGAGGACGUCGUGUUCUUCAUCCUCGACUCGCACAAGCCCACCGAUGUGUGCAAUGUCUACAGUGAUGGCCAGGUCAGACUGGUGUACAAAGACGUAGAAGAAAACAUUCCAAACUUUGAUGACAUAUUCCGUGAUGAUGAAGAUGAGGAGGAAGAGCCCACAGAGAGCGGUGUGGAAGGCCUCGAAGCGCUGGCGACGCGGCGGCGCGAGCGACGCGAGUGGGAGGAGAACCGACACACGCUCAUGUUCAACUACACACAGUUCUCUUACUACGGGAAGCCGAGCGGUAUAGUGGCGCUGGAGCUGGCAUGGCGGCUGUCGCGAGUGAGCACCGAGGUGCUGUGGUGCGCCAGCGUGGCCGCCGCCGCCGCCGAGGAGAUCUACGCACGCGACGGGCCCAGAUGUCUGUUGGACGCUGAGUCGCUGCAUAGACACAUAGCCAUCGCUGCCGGAGCAACGGCUGACAAAGAUCAUGCAGCAAAAAUAGUCCUGGAAGAGGACAUCCGCCUGCCCCUAUACCGCCUAUGCAGCCUGUGGGAGUCGCUGAGCCUGGCGGGGGCGGUGGCGCCGCGCCUGCACACGCACCGCGGGCCGCAGCUGUUGCGCAGACUGCUGGCUGACCUGGGGAUCCCCAUCCAGCAAGCCCGCCAAGCCUACCGCUCAAUGGACGUGUCCUACCGUCGCACACUAGUGGCCUCCCUCUCUCGUGUCUGCGCGGAGCUCCGGCUGGACGCGGCGCGCACCGCGUUCCUGCUGACGCGGCCGCACGCGCACGCCGCCGCCGCGCACGACCUGCCCUACGUGCUCAUGGCGCUGCCGAGCGUGAGUUGUACAUGCAGUGGGACAUGGGGGCAGGGGGCGGCCGGGGGGUGUAGUGAGCUCCGGCUGGACGCGGCGCGCACCGCGUUCCUGCUGACGCGGCCGCACGCGCACGCCGCCGCCGCGCACGACCUGCCCUACGUGCUCAUGGCGCUGCCGAGCUGGCUCCCUCUCUCGUGUCUGCUAGAGCUCCGGCUGGACGCGGCGCGCACCGCGUUCCUGCUGACGCGGCCGCACGCGCACGCCGCCGCCGCGCACGACCUGCCCUACGUGCUCAUGGCGCUGCCGAGCGAAUCCCCGCUCCCCGCAGCCUUCCAACAAGCCCUAGCGUCGCUAGACACCUCGACCCCUCCAGAGCCGGCGGGCGCGCUGGCGUGCCUGCGCGCCGUGGCCGCCGCUGCCGCCGCCGCGCUGCAAGACAAGGGCAGCGCCGCCGCGCCCUUUAGGUACUUCAAGGUGCAUGAGCCGGCGGGCGCGCUGGCGUGCCUGCGCGCCGUGGCCGCCGCCGCCGCCGCCGCGCUGCAAGACAAGGGCAGCGCCGCCGCGCCCGCACAGAUACUUUAUGAGCCGGCGGGCGCGCUGGCGUGCCUGCGCGCCGUGGCCGCCGCCGCCGCCGCCGCGCUGCAGGACAAGGGCAGCGCCGCCGCGCCCUUUAGGUACUUCAAGGUGCAUGAGGUGAAGCCGGCGGGCGCGCUGGCGUGCCUGCGUGCCGUGGCCGCCGCCGCCGCCGCCGCGCUGCAAGACAAGGGUAGCGCCGCCGCGCCGUUCAGAUACUUUAAAGUGCAUGAGGGCACACCCGAAGCGAACAUAGUGAACGAGCCGUUCUGGCUCUCAGUGGCGUGUCGCUGGGUGUCGCUGGCGACGGGCGCCGCGCGGCCGGUGGUCGCCAGCGCGCCGCGGCCUGCCGCCCGCUGCCUCGUGCUGGCUAUACCGCCGCGCUACACCAGCGAGACCAGGAAUCUAUUCGGCGCGGCGUUCGAGACGGCCGCCUCAAGAUGCGGCGUCGAGGCGACUCGGGAGCACUUCGCGCCCGCCGCCGUCACCCUGCCCGCCGCCCAGCUGCCGAUGUUGCUGGACGCUCUUACUGCACUGCUGUCGUAGAUAUACCUACUACAUCACCUGAAGGGUUGAACGGCAUCUUUAUCAUGUAAAUACCAAUCACAGUGCCGUAUUUAUCGCGAAUUUUUACUUCGAUAACAGACCAGUGAAUCGCGAACUGUUUCGAGACACAAUGAUAGAACAUUCGAGACGACAUGGACCUGUCAUAGAUAUACUAGGUAUAGGUGGCGCCAC